UGAGAUCUAUCUCCUAUCUUCCAAUUUUGAGUAAUCUAAAUAUUGCGUACUCAUAAUGGCUGUAGCUCUACCUAUGGAAUCUAACCCUGAAACUAUGAAUAAGUAUUUAUCAAAGUUGGGAGUUUCUGAUAAGUGGCGCAUGGUGGAUGUCAUAGGCCUAGAAGGAGAAGCUCUGUCGUGGGUGCCCCAGCCCGUUUUAGCUGUUAUACUACUUUUCCCUCUUUCCGAUGCCUAUGAGUCACACCGACAUGAACAAGAAAAUUAUUUGCUGAAAAAAGGUGAACAACCACCCAAAGAUGUAUUCCAUUUGCGUCAAGUACUAAGCAAUGUAUGCGGCACUAUUGCUUUGGUACACAGUGUGGCUAACAACACCAACAAAAUUGAUCUGCACGAUGGCCUAUUGAAGAAUUACCUGAGAGACGCCGAGGGGCUCGAUGCCGCUGCCAGGGGAGCCUUGCUGGAAAACUCUGUAGCCAUUCUAGACGCUUAUAAAGAAAUCAUGCAAUCUGGCAACGCGGACGGAAAUGAGGGUGAAGUUAUAAACAACCACUUUGUUACAUUUAUCCAUAAGGAUGGUAAACUGUUCGAAUUAGAUGGCCGCAAAACUUUCCCUAUUGAUCAUGGAGAAACAACUCCAGAAAGUCUUCUGGAGGACGCCGCGAAGGUCUGCCGCGAGUUUAUUAAGCGGGAACCAGACAACAUUGGCUUCACUGUUGUGGCUUUGGUUCCGAAUCAGUGA